AUGAACUGCAGCGAGAGUCAGCGGCUGCGGACCCUGCUGAGCCGCCUGCUGCUGGAGCUGCAUCACCGGGGCAACGCCAGUGGCUUGGGCGCCGGCCCCGGCCCGAGCAUGGGCAUGGGGGUCGUGCCCGACCCCUUCGUGGGCCGCGAGGUAACCAGCGCCAAGGGUGACGACGCCUAUCUCUACAUCCUGCUCAUCAUGGUCUUCUACGCCUGCCUGGCCGGCGGUCUCAUCUUAGCCUACACCCGCUCCCGCAAGCUCGUCGAGGCCAAGGACGAGCCGUCCCAGGCCUGCGCCCAGCACGAGUGGCUGCAGGGAGGGGCCCCGGUCACCGCCGACGCCGAGACAUUGGCCGGCUCGCCCGCCGAGGGCCGCCGCCAGCUCGCCCCCGGCGGGCUGCCCGCUCCGGCCAUGGCCCGGGGCACCGAGGGGGUCUAA